AGCCCGGCCCCGGGAGCUCCGCGGCCGCCGCGUUGGUUGACUCCGCCGGGGAGGACCCGAGGCUGGAGCGGACCCCGCAGAGGGCAGAGCUGGGCAGAGCGGGCGGCGAGAGCCAUCCAGGGCGCUCGUUUCUCUCCGGUGAGAAAACUUUCCCGGGAAGACCGGAAACUUUUUCCUGGGCGCGCGGAGGCGAGCUGCGAGUGUGCGCGACUCGAGGUGUUGGCCGAAUUUGUGGUCUUAAGGAAGCCUGAGGGCCAGAAGGCAGCCUUGGGAGAAGCCCUUUCUGUGGCAGUCAGAACCUUCUGUCCAGAGGAGAAGCCGCCCCCUCACCUGGACUUAUGACCCGCGGCUUCGCCCCCAGCCCGCCCGUCGAGUUCCACAGGAUGGGCUCCUUCCGCAGGCCCAGACCGCGCUUCAUGAGCUCCCCGGUGCUCAGCGACCUGCCCCGAUUCCAGGCAGCCCGGCAGGCUCUGCAGCUGAGCUCCAACUCGGCCUGGAACAGCGUCCAGACUGCCGUGAUCAACGUCUUCAAAGGGGGUGGCCUGCAGAGCAACGAGCUGUAUGUGCUGAAUGAAAGCAUCAGGCGGCUGCUGAAGAGUGAACUCGGGUCCUUCAUCACAGACUAUUUCCAGAACCAGCUUCUUGCAAAAGGACUGUUGUUUGUGGAGGAGAAGAUUAAGCUGUGUGAAGGUGAAAAUCGCAUUGAGGUUCUGGCUGAAGUCUGGGACCACUUCUUCACUGAGACUCUCCCCACCCUGCAGGCAAUAUUUUAUCCGGUUCAGGGCCAGGAGCUGACCAUCCGCCAGAUCUCCCUGCUGGGCUUCCGUGACCUGGUGCUGCUGAAGGUGAAGCUGGGCGACCUGCUGCUGCUGGCCCAGUCCCGGCUGCCCUCGUCCAUUGUCCAGAUGUUGCUCAUCCUGCAGAGUGUUCACGAGCCCACAGGCCCAAGUGAGGGUUAUCUGCAGCUGGAGGAGCUGGUGAAGCAAGUGGUGUCUCCUUUCCUCGGCAUCAGCGAGGACCGUGGGGUCUCGGGCCCCACGUUCACACUGGCCAGGCGCCACUCCAGGGUCCGGCCCAAGGUCACUCUCCUGAACUAUGCCUCCCCGAUGACCACUGUCAGCCGGCCCCUGAACGAGAUGGCCCUGACCCCACUGACAGAGCAAGAGGGGGAGGCCUACCUAGAGAAGUGUGGCAGCGUCCGGCGGCACACGGUGGCCAAUGCCCACUCGGACAUCCAGCUGCUGGCCAUGGCCACCAGGAUGCACUCAGGCUUGGGCGAGGAGCCUGGCAGUGAGGACAAGCGCCUGCUCCUGCCGCCCAGCUUCCCCCCGCCCCACCGGCAGUGCUCCAGCGAGCCCAACAUCACCGACAGCCCUGAUGAGCUGGAGGAGGGGGCGGGGGGCAGCCAGGAGGACUCGGAGCUGAACUGUGCCUCCCUCAGCUGAAGGCCCACCUCUGGACUUCCCAGCUCCUGCCUGGCAAGCAGGAUGGGGACGGCUCCAUCCCCAGCGAGCACGAGGGGCUAUUCCUUUGGGCGAUGCUGCCUUGUGGCUUUUCGGGUACAGGCCUAGUCUGAGUGCCCCGGGGAAAUCCUUGUUGUCAACCCCUCCAUUGUUGUGACUGUGACCACCUCUCUGCAGCCACACAGACUCAAUUGCCUCAUGUUCUCUGUCUGACUUCCAGCCUUGCCUGCCUGACUCAGAUCCUCAUCUCUGGGCCUUUUCCCCUCGGAUAUUGGACUGUCCGUUGCUCCCAAUGAUAUAUCCCAGUGCCCCUGGCAUUCCCGUAGCAGGAGCUUGUCUGGGCCACACAGAACCAUCCAGGACGUGUUGGCUUUCAGAGUCCCCUUUAGGUUCCGGUGAUGCAGAGGCUUGUGGGUGAAAAGAGGUAAUCGAGAGGUACCUCUGCUCCUGUCUUAUUGAGUGAGGGUAGACUGCAGCCCUACCAAGCACGACCCUGGGAAUGCACCUCCCUUGUUUUAGUUUCAGAAUUACUGGGGAAGAGUUGCCUCCCUUGUGGGUGAGGGUCCAUCCUCACCUAUAUCCAGACCCUCCAUGCCGCCUUGGGCUUUUGGCGCAGGCGGCCACAAGGCUGGAGACCCCCCGUCUCUGAUUAAGCCUUGGCAUUUCCCUCUCAGGCUUCCUCCCACGCUCAAGGCACUAACCUCCCCGGAGCAGUAGCUGGUGCCUUCCUCCCUCUCUCAUUUCAGAAACUGGCCAUUUUCCUAGUGGGUGCGGGGCCAGCUGAUACCAAACAACUAGUCUGUUCCUGGAUUUGACUUGAAUUCUUUAAAUGUGCAUCGUUUCAAAAAAAUUGUUGCAAAUAUUUGCACGUGGGAUCUUGCACUGCUCAUUUCCAACGGUGUGUGGCUUCAAACUAAAAAGUAAGCAACCCUCCUAAAAAAGGAGAUUGGCAGUGGUUCAGGGUGGAAGUGCUCCGUGGUGGGCAGGGUGCAUGGGCUGCAGAGCUCUGGAAGCAGCCGGACCUGAAUACAGAAUGGCCUGUGUUUGUGAGUGCUGUAGUUUAGAGGAAAAGCUGCCUUGAGGUAGGGGACUCAGCGUGCCUCGUGAACAGAGGGUUGUAGCCAGUGGGAUGUCUCAGUGCUUCACAGGGUGAAGGGGAAGAUGUGGGGGGGACCUUUUGGAGAGAUAUUCAUUCCCUGUGAAUAAAGAGGUGCCCGGAAGUGCCUGAAAUUUCUAACAUGUGAGGCCUCAAGAUGCUUUUUGGGGCAGCAGCCUUUGGUACUGUGCUGUAUCCUUAACACUGUUCCCUCUGGGCCUGAGCAGUUUAUUCACUCUGAAUCCCUGUUCUUCUCUUCAUAUUUGCCUAUUGGCCCCACUAAUUACAGCUCCAGAAAAAAGAGAAGGCUCCUCUGGACCCUUCUGGCAGCUUCUAGGUAUCCUGUUAGUCUCUGCAAGGUUGUUCAUGAAAUCUCAGAGACCUGAGCCAGCCUGGCUUCCAAUAUGGCAGGGGGUGCUGGGAGAGGAUGAGGCCAGUUUCAGCUGCCAGCGGGGGAAGAAAUCUUCUAAGCUCAUCCAAGCCUUGACGGCAUUUCCCUUCUGGGGGAAGAUCUGAAAUAUGACCAGAGUCGUGCUUUUGAUGGCUUGUAAUUUGGAAAUUUUGUUUAAGAACUUGUUUCAUUUUCAUCCUUCUAAGACUGAUGGAAGAGAAAUGUCCAAAGGAGAUCUUCUGAGGAUUCCAAACCAAAAAUAAUCUCUGUGUAUGUGUUGGAUAAAGUCCACAAAUUGACUAACAUGCAUUAGGCAAAUGGAACAUCAGUAAGUAGCAACAUGAUGAUUUAUUUAACCGAUGGCUUCUGUCCUUAUUGGUAUACUAUAGCACUUGGGACUAGUAUUUAUUGAUCCAAGCAGAGUAAUCAAUCAUGCUUGGGUUUGCUUUUUUAGUUUACAACAUUAACAAUAUAUAUGUUUUAAAAAUCUCUUUUCCAUAUACCAAAUGCUCCUGAUGAAGACAGCAGUCAUCAGUUAAAUACGUGAGCUCUUAGGUUGAGAAUGGGAGUGUCAGUUCAGAUCCAGUAUCCUUAAUUGCUGAUGACUGUUAGCCAGUUUAAAACUUCACCUUUGAUGUACAAUAAAUAUUUCAGACUGUAUGUAUAAAAAUUUUCUUGAUGUUUAUGGGCAUUUUAGCCAUCAGAAAUAUUGCAAGAGUGACAGCUGUAGUGUUUUUAACCACUUUUUCUCCCCUUGAUGAGAUGAAGAUUGAUUUUUGCUAUUUAAGCUAGGAUCUUCCUGUGGCUGAGGUUUAAUGACAGGAAGUGAUCACGACUCUAAAUUCGGAGUGAGCUCACAAACCAAAAACCUUUCAUGUUGUCUGUUUCCAAACCGGAUUCAAUAAACACCGUUUUGUACAUGUUA